AUGGGCUCCGCAUGCCUCAAUCCCGUCUCAUACGCAUUCUUCAAUCACAACUUCCGUCAGCAGUUCGUUAUGUUCCACGACGCAGCAAUAAGGAAGAUUUUGCAAGCAUUCGAAUUGGUUACAUCUAUAUGCUACAAGAGAGACCGCGUGAAAUACAGUAGGCCAAAAAGUGCUGCAAUGACGCUGCAGCAUGCUCGGGAAGUGACCACUAUAAAUGCUCAGUUCACGGACAGGGAAGAUGAAGCGAUGAAUCGGACAACGGAAUAUUUGACCUGA